AUUUAAGUCCUAUAAAUAGAUAAUUCGAUCUCACUCACACACAGAGUACAGUCCCAAGCUUCCGCCAUGGCCACCGGAACCCAACCAAAGCUCAGACCCCUCCUAGCCACCAUCUCCUUCCUCAUCCUCUUCGGCCUGUCCUGCGGCCGAUUUAUCUCCGACCAAUCGGAUCUCCUCUCAGACGGAAUCGGCGCCUCCGGGCUCUCGCCGUUCAUCCGCCUUCCGGCGGCGGCGGCGGAGGUGGGCGCCUGCGAACAGACCUACGGCUUCAUGCCGUGCACCACCACCGCGCUCGGAAACCUCUUUCUGAUCCUGGUGUACGGAUACCUGAUGUUCCUCGCCGCGACUUACCUCUCCACGGGCAGCGAGCUCCUGCUCGAGAUCCUCGGCCCGGGGCUCGUCGGCGGGCUGUUCCUUCCAAUGCUCGGAGCGCUUCCUGAUGCUAUGCUUAUUCUCGUGUCUGGGCUGUCUGGAAGCCCCGAAGUUGCUCAAAGCCAGGUGUCAGUUGGAAUGGGGCUUUUAGCUGGAUCAACUGUCAUGCUACUCACUGUAAUCUGGGGUACCUGCAUUUUAGUUGGGAAGUGUGACAUCGAAAAUAAUAUUGCCAUAGACUCCCAAGACACGAAAGGCUUCAGUUUGAGUGGUUCUGGCAUUACUACUGACAUUUGGACGAGCUAUGCAGGCAUUAUCAUGGCUGUAUCUGUGUUUCCUUUCAUAAUUGUCCAGUUACCUCAAAUCUUGCACAUAAACUCCGGAAGACACUUGACUGUCUUGAUUGGCCUGAUUGCAUCUGCUUCGCUUUUGGUAUCCUAUUGCCUGUACCAGGUGUUCCAGCCAUGGGUUCAAAGAAGGCGACUUGCUUACGCAAAGCAUAAGCACGUCAUAUCAGGAAUCCUAAAGCAUUUAAAAAUGCGUGCUCUUGGCAAACUCUCCACAGAUGAUGGGAGACCUAAUGAUGAAGUCUUGACAAAGUUGUUUAAAGCGAUUGAUGAAAACAACGAUGGUCACCUCUCGCACUCAGAACUACGAGCUCUGAUUGUUGGGAUUCAGUUUAACGAGGUCAACUUGGACGAGAAUGAAGCUGUGGAGAAAGUGAUGAGGGAUUUCGACAUCAGCCUCGACUCUCAAGUCGACCUGCCCGAAUUUAUUCAAGGAGUUGGGAAAUGGCUUGAGGAGGCCAAAGGUGGCAAAGCUUCUCAUAAUGCUGGUGGCUCAAUGAAGUACAUUGAUGAAUACCACCAGCAAACAAAGAGAGAGCACGACCUUCUGGGACUGGGAGAACAAAGUGACGAGAUUGUCGAGGGUGUCGAAAAUCCUCAAUGGACUACAUUAAAAGCUGUGCUUUUUCUGCUGAUUGGAACUCUCAUUGCAGCUGCAUUUGCAGAUCCUCUUGUUGACGCUGUCGAUAAUUUCUCAAACGCCACAAAUAUCCCUACCUUCUUCAUUUCUUUUAUUGCUUUGCCGUUGGCUACCAACUCGAGUGAGGCGGUCUCGGCCAUCAUUUUCGCCAGCCGGAAAAAACUCAGAUCUGCUUCGUUAACAUUUUCCGAGCUGUACGGUGCCGUCACCAUGAACAACGUGCUCUGUCUAUCUGUCUUCUUGGCCCUCGUUUACGUGAGGGGUUUGGUGUGGGACUUUUCAUCCGAGGUGCUCGUUAUCCUCAUCGUGUGUGUUGUGAUGGGAGUGUUUGCUAGUGUACGCACGACUUUCCCGAUUUGGACUGCAUUGUUGGCUUUCUUGCUAUACCCGUUCUCACUGGCGCUCGUUUAUGUUCUAGACUAUGUGUUUGGCUGGUCGUAGGUAGAGAUCGAUGUGUGUAUUUGCUCGGGUCCUCGAGUGCUUAAAUUACAAAUAACAUGAUUCCCCCCCAUUUGGUGUAUAGAACAUGAGGAUCUUCUAAUUGAUGAAAAGGAGGUAAUUGGUAUAAUCACUAGAAGUUAAUGACAUCAAUCAUCAACAUUACAUUUUCAUCUCAUAUGUACUUUGAAACAAAGGCCAAGCAAUUACAACCUCAAACUCGAAGUCUUUGCAAGUGUAGGUAGAAUUAAUCAAUGUUAAUGUCAUAUCGAAAAAGAAAAAAGAAAUACGCGAUCCAUAAAAUUACAACAAAAGCAUGACGAACACAUGCACGUCGGCUUACUCACACUCUCAUUACCUUUCGACCUCAUUUUACCUCUAAACCAAGCUUUGUCGAAAUUUACCCAAUUCAAAUGGAAAACAAAAGAAGCACAAAAUCUAGUUCUACAAAGCAUGGAACACCUUGAUUCGAAGGCCCAAAAGAAACACAAUAUACAAUCCUUAGAACAAUUUCCUCUUUCGUACCUUGGAAGUAGAUGAUCUAAGAACAUUAUCAUCGGCUUGCGCAGUCUCUUUCAGAAUGGAAAUGGACUCGGGCUUGGUGAAAUAUUUGAAGAGAAGGUAAAUACCAUCCAUGUAAGUGUUUGUUUCGCCAUCCUUAUUUUUCCUCAUGAUGUCGUAGGCCAGCGGGAUUAUGCCUCUGUUGAAAACCUCCACGUACAUUCCACCACCAGCCACCAGCAACUGCACACUUCUGGGUCAAGGCAAGCCGCUCGUCCUCGGACAUAUCUGGCCUCAGCACCAUCAUGGUCUCGUACUUCCUGAGUCCCGGCGGGCACUCCGGCUCCUCCGCAUCCUCCAUCGUCGGAAAUCCCCAGUCGGGAACAUCCAGCUCAUCAUCGUCGAAAUCGUCGACAUCUUCUAAAUCGAUAUCGAAUAGCGAGAAAUCGAACUCCUCUGCCACGUCGGAAACCGCUAUCCGGAAGCUCGCCCGCCUCCUCAGCGGCGGGGCUUUGGAGAGACCACUCGAUUUCAAGGGGCGGAGAAAAUUGGGGGAUGGGGAGCGGAUUUCAGAGACCGGGCGAUUAGAGACCAUGAGAGAGCAUGUGGGGAGAGAAUGUAAGGAAGCCAUUGUUGCUCGAGUAUGUUUUCUCUCGAGCUGUUUUGGAUGUUCUUUGAUUCUUGUAGAUAAGAGGAGAAGGGAGGAUAGGAAAAGGACGAUUUUAGCCAAUUAUCUACGGUUUUGUUGUUUGGAAGUAAAAAGCGUUUGUUAUGUG